AUAGUUUUUCAGCUCUACUUCAAUGGCCGACAUACCUUGGGAUCUUUUAGCACUAAUGGAACCUGUGCCUUUUGGCACAGCGUGGAGCAGAGUUUACGCAGCAAGCACAACCAUACAUGACAAUGUAUGUAUAUGUAUAGUGAAGCCAUGCAAGAGUUGAACCAGUCACUAUGCAGUCACCAGUUGUGUCGAAUCGAGUGCGGCACCCACUCAUCCACUGAGUCAGAGCGAUUGUUCAGCAAAGCUGGACAGAUUAUCACGGAACGACGAGCCUUAAAAGCUAAGCAUGUGGACAUGCUUCUUUUUCUUCAUCAUAACUCUUGGAUCUUGGCAGAAGACUAAAAGCC